UAUAAUUGAUUCUGAAUAGAAAGAAAGGAAGAAGAAACAACAAAAAGUAAAGUUAUCCACCUACCCGAACCCGCCUCUUACAAGCUGCAAGCAAAACCCAAACAUCCCAAUUAAACCCACCCGUUUCUCUUUCGCACACGGGUUCGAGUCAAGUAAAGCUACAAAGACAGCAUCGGAUUCCGUUGUUCACAAAUCGUGUAAUUCUAAUUUCUAUCUAUAUGUUACAGCGGUGGAUUAGAUUCGUAGAGGGAAAAAAAUAAACAAAGCAACCAUGGAAUUAUUGCAAACUUCAGAUUAUCCUUACACAGCCACCGAUGAUCACUACAUCCCAAUCGAUCUCUUCGGUUCCAAAAAACACGCCGGACUUCCACGUGGCAUCCUAUCCUUCACCGAUGCAUCAGGUAACAUAGUCUUCAAGGUCCACCGCCAACCAUCCAAUCCCAGUUCCAUCUCCUCUCCUCCUCCCAAGGAUAUCAAACUCUUGCUCGAUCCCGACGAUCAUCCUCUCUUCUCCAUCCACGGAUAUCAAAAUGGGAUUUGGAAAUGUUAUAAGGGAAGUGGCGAUGGAGAAAAGGAGCUUGUGUUUGAAGUGAAAAGGACCGUGAAAACAUUUAAUAGAAUUGAGUUAGAGGUGAUUUUUGUUGGUCAGAGGUUAAACGACAACGUUUGUGACUUGAGAGUUAUAGGUUCUCCUUUCAAGAGAUCAUGUAGCAUCUAUAAGGAUACUGAUUUGGUGGCACAGAGUAGUCUUAUGUACAAGCUUAAUCAGAUAUAUGUGAGUAGGGGUAAAUUUCGUCUCACAAUUUUUCCUGGGAGUAUAGACCAUGGUCUUAUUGUGGCUUUGUUUGUGAUAUUCUUGAAUGGGAGAAAAUAGAAUCAUUGAUAUUGCAACAUUUAAUUGCAAUGUGUUUAAAUUGGUUGUUGCAUGUGUUUGUAACUUAAAGCUGCAAUGCAAGAAAAAGGUUUUGAUUUGUGAUGUUUCUGAUUCUCACACUGUAACAGAUUUAAGGUUGUAA